CUGAACACAACAACGAGAGAAACAACCUAAAAAUAAAAUACCUUCAUUUUCAUCACUUAAACCCUUCUCUGAUCACAAAACCAUGCCCUAAAAAUGAGAAACGAAUCAGAAAUCUUCAUCUUCUUCGUCUCCGAUAGCCAUGUCCAGACUCCCGAAGUUUUUAUCCCCAAAACAACUCUUAAAACUACUGAAAGCAGAGAAGAACACUAACUCAGCACUCACCCUUUUCUACUCUGCAACUCAACAUUCAACUUACACUUGCCAUACACCAGAUGUAUUUCAACACAUUCUCCGUCGACUCACUGAUUCGAAACUUGUUUCUCAGGUUCCAAGAAUCCUUACAUUGAUUCAAACACAAAAAUGUAAGUGCUCAGAAGAUGUGGCAUUAUCGGCACUCAAAGUUUAUUCAGAUAAUAAAACGCCUGAUAAGGCUUUAGAGAUUUUUCAACAAAUGAAUGAGAUUUUCGGGUGUAACCCAGGUAUUCGAUCUUGUAAUUCUCUUCUUAAUGCUUUUGUUAUGUCUAACCAGUAUGAUCGCGCUGAAUCUUUUUUCGCGUAUUUUGAAACUCGAUUCGAGACUAAUUUGGAGACUUAUAAUGUGAUGAUGAAGAUUUUAUGUAAAAGGAAUAAGUUUGACAAAGCGAGAGAGUUUUUGGAUUGGAUGUGGAGUAAGGGUUUAAAACCAGAUGUUAUUAGUUAUGGUACAUUGAUUAAUUCAUAUGUAAAAAGCGGGGAUUUUGUGAAUGCUUUGGAAGUGUUUGAUGAAAUGCCUGACAGAGGGGUUUCUCCUGAUGUAGUUUGUUAUAAUACUUUGAUUGAUGGGUUAUUUAAGUUAGGGAAUUUGACAAAAGCUAUGGAGACUUGGGAUAGGUUAUGUGGAGAUUAUUAUGUUUUCCCUACUGUUACAACUUAUAAUGUUAUGCUCAAUGGUUUGUGUAAAUGUGGGGAGUUUGAUGAGAGUUUUAAGAUAUGGCAACGUAUGUUGAUGAAUGAACAUCGCCCAGAUUCUUUUACCUUUUGUACGUUGAUACAUGGCUUGUGUAAGUCAGGGAAUGUUGAUGGUGCAUACAGGGUUUAUACAGGAAUGAUCAAGAGUGGAUAUGUUCCCAAUGUGGUUACAAGCAAUGCUAUGCUUACUGGGUUUUGUAAGGCGGGUAGGAUUGGAGUUUGUUGUGGGUUGUGGGAUUCGAUGGGAAAAGGAAAUUGUCGUAACAUUGUUAGUCACAAUAUACUUAUGAAGGGUUUAUUUGAGAAGAGUAUGGUAGACGAAGCGAUUUCUAUCUGGGAACUUUUGCCCGAGGAUGGUUGCGUUCCAGAUUCUUGUACAUAUGGUAUUGUCAUUCAUGGUUUGUGUGAGAAUGGGUACUUGAGCAAGGCUAUUCGGGUAUUGAAAGAGGCAGAAGACGGAGGAGGUAAUCUUGAUAUUUUUGCGUAUUCUUCAUUAGUUAAAGGUUUAUGCGGAGAAGGGAGAUUAAAUGAAGCAAUUAGCAUCUUUGAACAGACUAAGAAGUAUGGUUGUAAACCCAACUCUAUAAUGUACAAUGAACUAAUCGAUGGGUUUAUCAAAAUUUCUAAAUUGUUGGAUGCAAUGCGUCUAUUUGAGGAAAUGAAAGCAAAUGGUUGUCCUCCUACUACUGCCACUUACAACACACUCAUAAAUGGUCUAUGUAGGGCGGAAAAGAUUGUUGAUGCAUCUGCUAUUUUAAAAGAGAUGCUAAGUAACGGCAGGGAGCCAGACUUAGUUACCUAUAGCUCUUUGAUUGAUGGUGUAUGUAAAAUCAAGAAGAUUGACAUGGCUCUUCAGCUGUUUGUUUGGAUGCUUAAGGAAUUUAAACCUGAUGUAAAUAUGUAUAAUAUUCUAAUUCAUGGGCUUUGCUCGGUGGGAAGAAUAGAAGAAGCUCUAAAUAUUCAUUUAGCAAUGAAGAGUUGCAAUUGUCCGCCGAAUCUUGUUACUCACAAUACCAUCAUGGAUGGGCUUUACAAAGCCAGAGAUUGCGAAAAGGCGUCACAAAUUUGGUCACAAAUUUUAGAAGAAGGGCUGAAGCCGGAUAUUAUUUCUUAUAACAUAGUCAUCAAUGGCCUCUGUUUGUCUAACCAGUUAGAUGCUGCUGUUAGGUUAUUAGACCAAGCCUUGGUGCAGGGAGUUCUUCCCACUGUUAUUACUUGGAGCAUACUCGUUAAAGCAGUGCUUAACAGUACACAAGAUGCUUGUUAUUGUACAUAGCCGACUUCGGAAUUGCUGAAUGUGUUCUUACUAGCGAUGUCGAUGCGAAAGGAUAUGCACUUUUAGUAGAGAUAUAAAGGCUAGAAGCAGAUUGUUUUCAAAGAGCUUGAAUUGCAAGUCAUGCAUCAUG